UCCGCUCCGCUCUCCCACCCGUCGCCGCAAUUGUCACCCGAGUCAGAUACAUACAGCUCCGCUACAGCAUCAACACACAGACGGUGCGCCGCAGACGGGUCUCCCCAAAGUCGUUGUUCCUGCAACCUGCGGAGCCCGGGUUCUGAGGCCAAGCCCACGGGAGUCAAAGGGCCGCCAGACCUGCAGGGGCCCACGAUGGCACGCAAGUCGACUCUCCAGCCGCUGACGCUGGGCGAUCCAACAACCGUUCUGGCCGCCGACCACUACGAUCUCGACAGUCCUAGAGCUCCGCUGAGCCCCAAGUCGCCGCGCUCCCCGAGAUCCCCCUUCAAGUUCACCUCAACAAAGAAACCCCAAUUGGACCAGAACGUGCCCUCACUGCAACCAGCCGCCGAGAUACAUACCUCCCGACCUUCCAUUGCUUCCUCCCAGACCACCCCGUCGUUGUCGACCUUGCAAAACUCCACGGCUUCAAUAGGCGACGAGAAGCAAGGUCACGGGAGGCAGGAACGAACCGUCCGUAGUGGCUUCUUCUCCAACUACAAGGCAUCCAAGAGCUCGAGCCGCUUGCAGUCAGAUACCGCCAGACCGGUCGAGGAGAACGGCAUGUCCAGAGAGUCAGAUCGCCCUGCUAUGACAGGAAACGUUUCGGCACAGGCAUCUACUAGACAUGAAACUCCAGUUGACAAAUCCUUAAUCCGAAGACCUGUUGGCGGAGCCCCCAAGUCGGAGGCACCGACAGCGCCCGCAUCAGACCAGCCGCGCGAAGCUGCUUCUGGUACCCUCACAAAGAAGAAUAAGCCAAAGCCUUUCAGCCUGCUGAAUAGGACCAAAUCGAUCCGGGAUGAGCCGAGCCCGCGAGACCCAUCCCCUCACAAUAAACACUUAGAUCCGGAGCGGAUUCAUGUGCAGCACGCGAUCAAGACCGCGCCGCUGCGAUCCGAGAACGACAGGUCGUUUAGGGACAUGAUGAACUCGAACGUCAGACAACAUUCCGCGGACCGGCAGCCGACUGCGGCGCGGGAUGACUCUCGAUGGAAAGAGCAUAGGGAUAAUGGCAAGACACCGAACUCAUCCCUCCGUGAGGUCAGUGGACAUGGGUUCCUCACAAACCUCAAGAACGGCGCAUCAAAAGGUGCAGGUGCUCUAAGCAAGGGCCUGUUCGGAAAAGGACGAAGUUUCAGCACGAAUGAGAGGGAGAUGGUUGUGGACGAUGAGCAUUACCAGUUGAAGGUCAUCAACAAGCCAUUGAUCGAGCAGACACGCCUUACCAGAAUAUCCAAGAGGUUAGAGGACUCGAGGGAUAAGACGGAGUUCUGGAUGCCGGCGUUCCCAUGGAGAGCCAUCGAUUAUCUGAACUACAAGGGCAGUGAUGUUGAGGGUCUAUACAGAGUACCUGGGAGUGGACCACAGAUUAAGAAAUGGCAGAGACGCUUUGAUGAAGAACUCGAUAUCGACCUCUUCGAACAGGAGGAUCUGUACGAUAUUAAUAUUAUCGGCUCCAUGCUCAAGGCCUGGCUGCGCGAACUUCCCGAUGAGAUUUUACCCAAAGCUACCCAAGACCGUAUUUCCCGGGAGUGCAGCGGCGCUCAAACCGUUCCCGAACUCCUCAUCGAGGAGCUCUCCAACCUGUCCCCCUUCAACUACUACCUCCUCUUCGCCAUCACGUGCCACCUCUCCCUGCUACUCGCCCACUCCGAGAAGAACAAGAUGGAUUAUCGAAACCUUUGUAUCUGCUUCCAGCCUUGCAUGAAGAUUGACGCCUUCUGCUUCAAGUUCCUCGUCUGCGAUUGGAGAGAUUGCUGGAAGGGGUGCAAGACCGAAGCACACUAUACCGAGUUGGAAUACCAACUCUUCAAGGAACUGGAACGUCCACCCCCCAGUGCGGGGGCAUUAAGUAGCACAGCCAUUGAAAGUCAUGCCGAGCGAAAUAUCAGCAGUUCGGACAGCAGCAAGCCAUCGAUCCUCAGUACUACGACGAACGAUAAGGGCAACACUACGAACGAGAAGAGCAAGCGGGGCAAGGGCCAACACAAGAAGUUGCCGCCGAGCCUGAGCAGUGUCAGUUUGAACUCCCUGGCCGCGACGGUAACAUCUGGUCAUGAAACAACCCCACCGAAAAGAAGCCCAGAGAUGCGCCCUCUGAGUCCUAUUGCGCCAUUGAGCCCUAUUGGCUUCUGAAGAACUUUUGGAGUUGUCUUCUGAAUCCCCUCUAUCCUCCUGGGGUGAACUGCACGAAUCGAAUGGCAUACAUUGUCUACAAUACGUUCUCGUCAUCAAAACCAGGAUUAAUAGUCAAGAGCGGUCAUCCGACUAGGUCGC